CUCGAGUCAACCAAUUGGAAGGCGUAUUGCUGAAAAGUGCAUUUACGUCAGGACGGCCGUCUUCUGCAAGGCCCAGGUGAGAAAGAGCCACCUGAGUCCUGGAUGAGAGUCUUCCUGGGUUCUUUGGGGCUUGAGCAAAUCUUUACCCUAACUGGAAAGAAUCCUGAUGGAAAUUCCUUGUGGGAAUCCUGGUACUGUGGAUCACCUAUAUUUGCUUUGAGACAUGCUUUAGAUGUUUUUUUCUGGAAGCCCUGUAAAUACUGUAAAAAUUCAGUGUAUUGUUGUAAAGACCUAUGGGGAUCUUCCCGACCCAGGAAUCGAACCGAGGCCUCCUGCAUUGCAGUCAGAGAGAGAGCGAGCGAGCGCUGGACGGGGAGCGCUGGAGAAGAUGGGAAUGUCCCGAGGUUCGGAGGGCGGGCAGAGGCGCCUGGCGACUGGGCACCGGGUCCAGUGCAGUGGACGACCGACGGCCAGCCAGGCAGACCGGUUCAGGACCGGCUCCCCCGGAGCCAUGCACCGCCACGCCGUGCAGCCUGCGAGACGCCCCAGAAGCUCCGCGCUGUGCGGUCGCGAACCCUGGGCAGUAGUGGCCAGCGCCAGAAGCGAAGGCGCGUUGGGGGCAGGGGGAGGAACCUCGGCCUCCCAAAGCCCUCAGACCCACUCUCGAGUGAUGUGGCGGGGAGGUCGGGUGGAAGAGAGACACCAGAGAGGACGCCACGGGGCGCGGGACAGGGUGGGGCGGGGUGGGCCACCCUGGUGAUGGAGUGCGUGGUGGGCGGGGUGCCUGGCGGAGAUGGAGGCCUGGAGGGGCCGACGGGGCAGGGGCCGGCAUGGAGCCGCCUUCCCACCCGACCCCCUUUUCACGCCGCUCCCCACUUUCUCGGUCUCCUUUUCCCCGACACUGGAAAGACCGCCUGGGCGGGCCCGCUCCCGCCUCCCCGCAGCGUCCCUGAGCAGACAGAAGUCUCCCUCCUUUCCAUCCUUCGCCUUGCUUUAGUUACGAAGUGUUCUUAAGUAUCACUGUUUAUUAACUUAUUAUAUUCUAAAAAUCCUUAGUUUUUAAAAGUCAGUUAUUACUGUAAGUCAGAUUCCUAAGAUGGAAUAUUUCAUGUUACUUAAAAAAUUUAACGAGAACACUUUUCAAUAUGUUACUGAUAGUUUUUUCUUUCAGUGAGUAUGACAAUACUCUGUCUCCUCGUUGACCAAAAAUCUCAGUGUUCUGAUCAUUUUGAACCUUACAACCAUUUUAUCAUACUAAAGAUGUGGAAAAUAUAGGAGAUUUGGGUUCAAUAUAUAUUCAUUAAUUCAGUCAGGCCCCAAGGAUUCAAAGAUGAAUAGUGCAUAGUCACUGCCCACCGACAUAUAAGCAAAUAUAGUAUGUAAUAAAAUAUAUAAUAAGAGAAAGAUAUAAAUAAUAUAGUGCGGUAAGUAUUAUAAUCAGUGUAUGCUGAAGGUAGGUAAGUGAUACAAAGCAUAGGUAACAUUUGUUGGCGUGGCCCAUUGAAGACUUGUUAGGGGAGACGACAUAAUCUAUGUUUAACAGGUGACUAAACACUAAUAAGUAAUAAAACACUGAUAAAUAAUAGUCCUAUCCUGUGGGUUCUAUAAUUCUAUUAUUGUGACUUCCCUGGAGGUCCAGUGGCUAGGACUGUGCUUUCCCUGCCUAGGGCUUGAGCUCACUCCCUGGUCAGGGAACUAAGAUCCCGCAAAUUGCACGGUGCAUCCAAAAGGAAAAAACAAAUAUAUUUUAUUUAAACAUAAGAUAGGCAGAAACUUAGACAUUUGGAAAUGCAGCUUAAUUAUAUGAGCCAAUAUGGUACAUGCUAAUUGCCAAGCAAAUGACACAGCAUUUAUUAAUUAACCAGCAUUUAUUGAUCUAUUUCACUGCUGCUAAGUCACUUCAGUCGUGUCCGACUCUGUGUGACCCCAUAGACGGCAGCCCACCAGGCUCCGCAGUCCCUGGGAUUCUCCAGGCAAGAACACU